GAGAACUGCGCCGCACGCUCCCAGCUUUUCGAGCUAGUGCCCUAAUAAGAAAUACAAGGAUUUUACAAUAGGAUGUGUUCAAGAUUUCAUAACGGAAAGGAGGAGUUUUUUUAACUAAGUGAAGAAGUAAAACAUACUACCGUAGGCUACUAUUUCCUGACGCAAGCACACACCUGAGUGAUUUUGGUGGUUCGAUCCAGGAUGAAGUGAAGUAAUGUGCGCAACAUUGGAAUAAUUCGGAUAUCUGAAACAAGCUUGCAUGGAAUACCCUGAUUGCUAUUUGUAAUGUGGGCUUUUAGCCACCACUUAAACUGUUCCCAGGGCAGUUUGGGAGGAAUGGAGAUAUUAGUCAGAGCUGCGUAAUGGGUUUAUAUGCCCGUGGAUAUAGGCUACGUUUUGUCUUCACUCUUUUAACGACAACGCAGAUAACAAGUAAAUAAUCAAUKAAAAAAAACAUGCACCAUCUAAAUCCAUGGAGAUAUGGCAUGCAUUSUCCUCUAUAGCCGAGUUGCGCCGUCUUCAUAUAGGCAUACCAGGACAUGCAUCUGCAUAUUUUCCCUAUCUCUAUCACUAUCAUAUAUAUGCUACUGUCUCUUAUUUUCUUCUGAUGCUAUCAUGCAAAAACCAAGUGAUCCAACGCAGAACUGCCUGCGRCUCAGGAGUGAUGGAGGCAAAAAACUUCAGCAAAAAUCUCCUUACUGCACUUUGCCAUUGAACGCGAGAGGGWCAAGGGAAAUAUCUCUCCAUGAAGCGAACCAAAGCAACGCCUCGGUUAAUCUCAACACAGUUCGGAAUAACACAUCAGACCGUCCUACCACUAACAACAUGGGCAGUGGGAAAUUCGGGAAUAAGAAGUUGCCAAAUGCCAUAAUUGUCGGUGUUAAAAAGGGCGGCACAAGAGCUGUCUUGGAGUUUAUAAGAAUCCAUCCGGACGUACGGGCGGUCGGCACAGAAACGCAUUUUUUCGACAGGAACUAUGACCGUGGACUAGACUGGUACAGAUGCCUGAUGCCACGGACUAUGGAGAGCCAGAUCACCAUGGAGAAGACGCCCAGCUACUUUGUAACAAGGGAGACACCUCGCCGGAUCUCCGCCAUGUCCCGGGACACCAAGCUGAUCGUGGUGGUGCGCGACCCUGUCACCCGGGUCAUCUCUGACUACACGCAGACCCUGUCCAAGACACCUGACCUUCCCAGCUUCCAGGUUCUGGCCUUCCAGAACCAGAGUUUAGGAUUGGUUGACACGUCUUGGAACGCCAUCCGCAUCGGCAUGUACGCUCUGCACCUGGAAAACUGGCUCCGCUACUUCCCCCUGUCCCAGAUCCACUUCGUCAACGGGGAGCGGCUCAUCACGGACCCGGCUGGAGAACUGGCGCGGGUGCAGGACUUCCUGGGUCUGAAACGCAUCGUCACGGACAAACAUUUCUACUUCAACAGGACCAAAGGCUUCCCCUGCCUGAAGAAACCAGAGAGCAGCAGCUCACCCCGCUGCCUGGGCAAGUCUAAAGGUAGAACCCACAUUCAGAUAGAUCACGACACUAUCGAGCAGCUACGGGACUUCUACAGGCCAUACAAUGUCAAGUUUUACGAAAUGGUGGGUCAUGAUUUUAGAUGGGAAUAGAGAUUUGUGGGGAGGUCCGCAGUUUACAAGUGGCACAAGGAGAGACAAGAUGUCAUCCAUGAAUGUAUGCACAGUUUUGGUGUGGUUCGAUGGACCUCCUGUUUGGCUGUUGGUAAUAGUGUGACUCUAGCUAAAGUCGUGGGUCCAAGUCUCGAAGGGAUCACAUACACAUAUUUAAAAAAUAUGUACAGUGCAUUCGGAAAGUAUUCAGACCCCUUCCAACAGGACA